AUGACAUCUCAAGGCUCCACACCGCUUCACAAGGCCGCAAACGAAACGAAAUCUGAAGUGGUGGGAGUGCUGAUCAGGGCACUCGCGAAUCCCAACAGUCGGAUGGUAUGCGGAGCGAUACCGUUGCACAUCGUGGCUCAGUUCGGACAUGAGAACGCGACGCGAGAGCUGCUUCGCGGGAAGAUGAACCCGUUCUUGACCAAAACAGGGAAUUCAUCAUCGGGGGGUACUGCCAUCCCAAUGGACCCGCCCACCAUGGGCACUUGGGCGUGGUGCGCGACCUAUUCCAGUGGAGAGGUUGUGGUAUCAAUCGCAAAUGCCGGCAAUCAAGCGCUCUUGUUUGCUGCGUCGGAACAACACUUGGACAUCGUGGCCAUUCUGACUGAAGCGGACGUGGUGGACAGGGUGGGCCUAAACUAUCUCUCUUGGGCGCCGUCGAAAGUGACCUUGUGGCAUGCGUCAAGUUUCUCUUGCGGCAACGGUACAACGAGAGUACACGGAGCGUUGAAUGCUCGUACCUCAACGCCCGCGACACUGACGGCUGCACGUCCCUGGCUUAUACUUUUAGCUCGUAUUCAGCGGUGCUGCUCGCACGCCCCCAGGAUCGUACGUUUACUCUUUCGCGCUGGAGCAGAUGUGGCAUCGGCUGUUCGAGUCGCAAACUCGAAUGGAGAACAGGAAUACUCCGGGACACCUCGGGCUGUCGUGACGUCGUGCCUCCGUGAGAAGGUUUUAGCGAACGGCGCACCUACUACGGAGGAGUAG